AUGUCGGUCGUGGAAAAUGCUGAUGUGAAAGUGGACUCUUCUGGUGAGAAUCUACACAAAAGCAUUGUUUCACCACCUCAAACGAAGCCGCCAUGUCCUGAUGAUCAUAACUCCAAAUCCAAUUCCUCUGUUAAGACAUCCCAAACCAGUGAAGUGGAUCUCAAGAUUGAGAUAAGUCAUUUGGAUGAGAAGUUUUCUAAGUUAAAUCCGAUGGCUAUGGAAUUUGUGCCUCCUUCACUGGCUUAUCCCUCUGGAUUAUGGUUUACUAACAAUUUCGCAGUGCAAGCUCUUUAUCCUGCUCAUGGGGUAACUGAGGAGCAGCUUGCUGGUCUCUUUCUUUCUUGUGGCCAGGUUGUUGAUUGCCGUAUAUGCGGUGACCAGAAAUCUAUUCUCCGUUUCGCCUUUAUUGAGUUCACUCAUGAAGAGGGAGCUAUGUCUGCUUUAAGGUUAUCGGGUACUGCUUUUGGUUCUCAUCCUAUUAAGGUUCUUCUUUCCAAAACAGCUAUUGCUCCUGUUAACCCGAAUUUCCUUCCAACGUCUGAGGAUGAGCGCGAGAAGUGUGUAAAGACUGUUUACUGUACGAACAUUGACAAGAAGGUCACUCAGAUGGAGUUGGAAAAUUUCUUUAAAUCCGUUUGUGGGGAGGUUCAACAUCUGAGGCUACUUGGAGACGAUCACCACCGAACCCGCAUUGCUUUUGUUGAAUUUACGCUGGUGAUUCUCUUUGCCUAUUUCCCGUAUAUGAAUUUUCAUUAUAGUGUUUGUUCCUGGUUAUGA